AAACAUAGCAGAGACAGUGUGAAUGUGUGCAGUUCACAGCGAACAACGGGAGGUUACGUUUAUGCCUACGCGUGAUAUACUUCAUCAAUAUUUACGACAGCGAGAGAGAGAGAGAUUAUAACGAAAUAAAUACACCUGUCACCCGAAAUCGUUUAAAGGAACCGAUUCAGGAGAUCUAUGAACAUUUCCGCGUUCCCCUUAUUUUAAUAAUUCACUGAAAUUUGGAAGUGCGAGAGCCGUACCUAUUGAACGGGUGGACAUGCACUGCACAGCCGAAUUAAGAUGCGUGUUACCCGGGCAGCUGACAGCGGGCAGGCGGCGAUACAAGACGUUUAUGAUUGACGAAAUUUUAUCCAAGGAGACUUGUGAUUACUUUGAAAAACUUUCCACAUGGCCAGUUGGGCUGUUUCUUCCACGACCAAAACUUCUGCAGUCAUACGAGUCCUCCUCCCUGUUGCCCUACCCCCUGAUCUCAGUCAUCGCACACCAGGACGGCGGCCCCGGAGCGACCCGCCCCUCCAGCCCCCCGUCCCCUGCCCGUCCCCCCCUCCCCCCUCCCCACUCGAGCCCCCGCACCGAGCGCCGCCCGUCCGGCGAGACGUCCAUCAACACCAGCAGCAGCGAAUCGGAGACGGAGCAGGGCUCCGCCCGCCAGAGGAAGGCCCGUCGGGUCCGCACCAUCUUCUCCGAGCACCAGCUCUUCGCCCUGGAGAAGAAGUUCCAGAGACAGAAGUACCUCUCCACGCCCGACAGAUCAGACUUGGCCAUGUCUCUAGGACUGACUCCACUGCAGGUGAAGACCUGGUACCAAAACCGUCGCAUGAAGUGGAAGAAAAUGGUUUUGAAAAGAGGACAGAAGUCUCCCACUAAACCAAAGGGCAGGCCGAAGAAGAACUCCAUUCCCUCCAUGGAGGAAAUCGAGGAAGAGGAGAGACUGGCACAGCAGGAGAAGGAUCUUGCACAUGAAUCAAUGCCGGAGGACAUGCCUCAGGCUGAAAACUCCAAAUCCCACAAUCCUCCAUUGCCAGAGGGUUCCACACAAGAGCAGGAAUCUACAGAUCAACCAGGCAUGCUCAUGGGAAGCUAAAGACACCAGCUAUUUAAAAAAGAUGAAAAAGCAAAAGGAAAAAUACAAAUUGGAGAAUUAAAGGAUUGGAAAACGAGCUCUUUCAGGCUCAGGAACUUAGGUACACGUGAAAAUAUUGUGACUUGUCUUUCAAAAGUGCUCACGGAGUGCACAAGUGCACAGGAAAAUAUAGCUGACAUGAGACAGUGAAGUAGGCUGUUAAAUAUUAUUUCAGUUCUCCUCUUCCUUAAAUAAAUAGAAUCGUAUCCAUUUGCACACACACACCCACACACACACACACAGAAUGACAUACGUAUACACUUGCAUUCACACAAUCUUCAGUAAAAAAAAAGCCAUCACAUUGUACAGACUACUCUCUACAAUGGUUCCUUUUCUUCAAAUGCAAUUUAAAAGAACUAAAGUCAAAAGUGCCUUUUAAAAAAAAAAAUCACAUUGUCUGCCUUUAAAAGGUUGUUUGCUUAUCGUUUUCCGUUUUAACACGUUUUCAUGUUAUGCAAAUGCAAUUAUAUUGACAUUGGCAGCAUGUCAAAUGCGUGACCACAAUAUUGAAAUGAGUCAUCAAAACACAGUGCGAGAUAUGCAAAUCAUCAAAGUGCGUAAUACCCAGGAAUUUGUCACGUUAAAUAUCUGUUUUUUUUUUCUGAUACCUGUUUUAGUACCAGAGGCAGACGGAUUUUUCCACAAGGGAAGCCCCAUAGGCUUUCAGAGUUGAAUAAAUCGUGCUCUUUGCCUGAAAAAACCACACAAGCUGUCAGAUAUCAGGAAACGUUUUUUACUGAUGUUUUCUGCCUUUGGGCCUUCACUUGAAAACACUGCGAAGCACAGACCUCCCUGUCAAAAAGUUUUAAAUCAUAUUCCUGCAAUACCUGUAUUUGUAAAGAUCGUAAACGUGUAUAUUUUUAUGGUGUACAUUUUUAUUUCAUGCCAAAUGGGUGAGCGAGUGACUUUUCUUGGGUUGUGAACAAAUAUGACAUUUGAAUCUAUAUUUUUUAUAUUUCACACCACUUAUGUGUAAAAUUGUGUACAUUUUAUUAAAAAAAUUAUGGGUUAAAAUAU